GUCGCCGAAACGGUGAGUUCCUAGUCCAAAUAUCGCACGCGUCGGUGUCCUCUAUCGCGUUCAUGGUUUGUGGUUUGUUCUUUGUUCUUUAAUUGCUCGUCUAAAUUGUCAACAUGUUUCGCGUGUAAUUGAAGUUGUGAAAUUGUGAUUGAGAAGAAAGAAAACCUAACGCCAACGCUGCUGAACGGAACUUGAUUUCAUCUUGUCAUGGCGAUCAAGUGCUCGGUUUGCGGCAAGAGAUGUACUUCUCAAGGCACCCUUUCUGCACACAUGCGUCUCCAUGUCCGUGGAGAGGCUUACGAGUGCACCGUGUGCCAUAAGACGUUCGCCUGGAUUGAUAAACUGCAAACCCAUAUCCGAAUUCAUACUGGUGAGCGGCCAUACGAGUGCACCGUUUGCAAGAAGAAGUUUUCUCAGUCCGGCAACUUGAGAACUCACUUCCGGAUUCAUACUGGUGAGAAGCCAUUUGAAUGCACUGUUUGCUUCAAGACGUUUGCACAAAGCAAUGACCUAAGAGGUCAUCUCAGGACUCAUACCGGUGAAAAACCAUAUAAGUGCACUGUCUGUAACAGGACGUUCGCCAACAGCAAUACGCUAGUAGUCCAUAGCCGACUGCAUACUGGGGAAAAACCGUUUGAAUGUGCUGUUUGCUACAGGACUUUCAGUCAGGCCUGCAGUCUUAGGGCCCAUCUCCGUACGCACACUGGUGAAAAACCGUUCGAGUGCAAUUUGUGUGAACGGUCAUUUACACAGCGUGGGAACCUCACAUCGCAUUUAAGGUGUCAUACUGGCAUUAUUGUACAGCCUUUUAAGUGCAGUGUGUGCCACAAGAUGUUGCGCGAUGCGAGCCAACUCCGGACUCACCUCCGGACCCACACUGAUGAAAAAGCAUUUGCUUGCUCAUUUUGUGACAAGACGUUCCGGCACAGCAGUGAACUUGUAGUUCACCGUCGCACGCACACCGGCGAGAAGCCUUUCAAGUGUGAUGUGUGUCUGAAAGCUUUCACACAAGAUGGCAGCCUUAGAGCUCAUCUUAGAACUCACACUGGUGAAAAGCCGUUCAAAUGCUCUGUGUGUCUCAGAGGCUUUGCUCAGGCAGGGGGCCUUAGGAGUCACCUGCGUACCCAUACUGGGGAAAAACCAUAUGAAUGCAAUGUGUGUCACAAGAGGUUUACCAACGGUUCUGGCCUUAAAUCUCACUUCUUUUCUCACUCUGAAGAGAAGCCAUUUGAGUGUACUUUGUGCGGCGCGUCGUUUGGACUCCAUCAUGUCUUGACGAGACAUCUCAAAAUUCAUACUUCGGGUUAAAGAUACUAUUGCUUUCAGAUAAAUUUUGACAAUAAUUAUGUUGUAAGAUUUCAUAGAGAAUAUUAUUCCUUGUACUGAUAGUUUCCUACCUCUUUCGGCCAUGUUACUGCAAAUAUUUUAUGUUGUUUAAUUAUUCAAGGUAUUUUUUUUUCAAAGUUGUUCGUCUCCUGUAUUUGUAAAUUAAAAUGACCUUUCAUGUCAGGGUUAAUGUUAAGUUUUCCACUCUGUUUGUUUCCCACUUUUUUGAGAAGUUAUGUUUACGUUCUAUU